UGCGUUGAUGGCACUUGUCCAUCUCCGACGACUCAGACCUGCAUCACAAUUGGACCCGGUCAGCAAAUCUGUUGUGAGAAUUCGCAGAUAAUCAAUCCUACCACGACGUCCACAUGCAGAGAUCUUGUCAAUCCACGAACAGGAAUCUCAGACUGUCCAAAUGUGGCAUAUUUGUGUAAUAAUGCUGCCUAUUACGCUCUUAUGACACAGCAGUGCCCAAGGACCUGCAACAGAUGCCCAGGCACAGCGACUGUGGCCCCCACGACAACAGCCGGUGAGCUUCUAAUUCCCAAAAAAGACGGCCAACCUAACUAG